AUGCCAGGCAGACACCGCCCUGCCCUCAAGCCCACUGGUACUGAUGGUGUCAGUGGCGAACUGGAGCGCUGCAGGUUGGAUGCCUGUGGGGAAGAAGUUGACCCUACAUUUUCUUGUCCAGCUAUUACAAUGGAUAUGCAUACUUUUGCAGUGGGAUCUAAACAUUCUACAACUCCCGACCUUCUCGGUGAGGGCUGUACUAUUACCAAAAUGGCAAUGAGCUGGACCGAAGAGGAGAUUGCAGAGAGACGACGGAUCGUUCGAUUUCUUUCUCUUGAUCGCGGCAUAGAUCAUAUCCAUAUCUCCAUGUUACCUGUACCAGUGUAUCAGGAUAUGCCUGAAUCAGUGUACGUUAGUUGUAUAUUUUGGCCAGCCCUAGAUGAGUGUUUCAUCACCAGCGCAGAUAUCAUACAUCUCCUUCAAUUCUUGCUCCGGCGCAACAUUUCCCACCCAGAGUGGAGCCAAGCCCUUCGAAGUUUGGCUCGAUUCCGCCCGCAGUUAAUCACUAAAUCUCAAAGAAAGCUGCCAAUUUGCUCGAAUGGUUCGGGGCUUAAAGACCUAAGAGCUCUUGCAAUUCGCAAAGAUGCGAAAAUAUUCCGCUGGGGAGACCUGGAGCUUGUCAUUAUAACCAUCCUCAACAAAUAUGCCUUGUCAACCAGUGUUGUGGCUCUUGUAUCUGACCACGCGAGUUGA